AUGAUCGCCAGCACUCAGCAAAACAUGCCAUCUGACAUGAAUGGUGUGGUCUACCAUGGUCCUCCACGUAACUGGAGAGGCAUUGGGAUAGCGUUGAUGGUGAUCCUGAUGAUCAUAUCACUGGUCAUCCUGUCUGUCAUCAUGCUCACUCCUGAUGAGUCUCUCCUGUUCCAGCGCUCCCGUCUCACGCUGGAGGACCUGGACAAAGACGAUUUCAAAGUUCAUGACCCCCAUGUGACCUGGCUCAACGAUGAUGAGGUGGCCUUUCGCACCAGGCAAGGGCACAUCCUGAAACACAGCCUGAGUGAGAACCUCACCAUCUCUCUGCUGGAUGGCAGCAUCCUAAAUCUGAAGGACACAAAGUUUCAAGUGUCACCAGACCAGAAGUAUAUUCUGCUGGCUUACAACUUGCAUCUGGCAGGAGAUAAUAUCCGGGCAGUUACUCUUUACGUGGUGAAUGUCUUCAGCCCUGCUCACACUCUGAGGAUGACUGCUCCAGUCUCACUCAAAAACAGAGGUCAUUACAUCUCCAUGGUGAAGUGGACCAGUGGGACCAGGCUGGCUGUGCGUUGGUUAAACCGGGUCCAGAACCAGUCUGUUCUCUCAGUGUGCGAGGCCACCACUGGAGUCUACUCACAGAAACGCAAAAUGACCAUGGAUGUCUGGCUAGGGCAGCCACAGGAGGCGCCCCUCUUCUCUAGAGACGGCUCUGUGUUAUACAUCACUCUGCUUGCCGCACAAGGGGGUCACGGAGAGUAUCGACACGUAGCUGUCCUCCCUGCUCAGCCUUUGACUUCCCCCAUGUCUCCACGAUUCCUGACAUCAGGGCACUGGGAUGUGAUGUCACUCUGUGGCCUGGAUGAAGACACAGAGAAAAUAUACUUCGUCAGCACAGAGGCAUCCAAACACAGCAGACACCUUUACAGUGUGAACCUCGGGGGUUUGUCCCAAAGACACUGUCUUACCUGCACACUCUCAGAGACCUGCCGCUUCUACAAGCCACAGUUCAACCCCAGCCUCACUCGCUUUAUCCUCCACUGCUUGGGCCCUGGCAUCCCCAGAGUGACUGUCCACAACACCAGAGAACAUUUCAAUAUGCAUCUAAAGCUGGGUCUACCACAGGGGUAUGAAGAAGGCCUGCAUCCUCUCCUCAUCAUCCUGGAUGGAGCCCCUGACACUCAGGCAGUCACAGACCGUUUCUCUCUGGGCUGGCCCCAGGUCCUUUCCAGUAUCCACAGUGUGGCUCUGGCCUGGGUGGACGGCAGGAGUGGGGCGGCACACAGCCUGAGGUCACCUGACCUUGACCCCAGGAAACUCAGCUCCCAGAGAGUCAAAGACCAGCUGAGCGUAGUAGAGUGGUUGUUGGAGUUGCCGUACAUUGACAACAGAAGAAUUGCGCUGUAUGGAAAGGCAUUUGGUGGACUUCUGACACUGAAGAUGAUGGCAGCAGCCAACAUAUUUAAAUGUGCUGCAGUGAUGGCUCCAAUCACAGACUUCAAAAUCUACAAUGCUGCUUUCUCUGAGAGAUACCUGGGUCUUCCAGCCACUGAGGAGAGCUUCUACAGAGCUGCCUCUUUGCUGGAUGAUGUGGUCAAUCUGAAGGACAAGAACUUCCUCCUUUUACAUGGAACCGCAGAUGCACAUGUCCACUUCCAGCACACUGCCGAGCUCAUAGACCAUCUGGUGGCAGCAAAGGCCAACUACUCUCUGCAGGUUUACCCUGAUGAGGGCCACAUUUUGAGAUGGAGCCACAGUGAUCAGCACUUCCGGCGCACCCUAAGAAACGUUCUCCUGGACUGUCUGGCUCCUAUGCCCCCUCGAAAGUCUGAUAGACAAGAGCACAACUGAGAGCUCCCCUCCCAAACAUUUACAUCCAACAACAAAACACUACCACCAAAACAUCAUACCUCCAUCCAUUUGACCUUUAUGAGGAUUUUGCAUGAGGGAAAUGUGAAAAGGCAUGUAGUGUGAAGGGAAAGUAUGCUCUGAAAUGUCUCUUGUUGAGUAGAGUUUCCAUUCUUGUAUUUAGAUAGCUGACUAAACACUCCAUGGUUAAGGAAGUUAAACUGCCUUGGAGUUUAGUCAGCUAG